GCAGCGGGCGGGGGCUGCGGGGCGGCUCUGGUCCCUGCGUUCGGGAAGCCCGGCUGUGGCAAUAUAAUUCUCCAGCAUGUCUUCGCUAACAGAAAAGGACAGACCAAUUGUUCAGCUCUUACUCAACACUGGCACUUGCCCACGAUGUAUUUUGAGGUUCUGCUGUGUGGGAUCACAGACGCUUUACAGACGCCCAUCCAAGGAUCUGAUGAAGGAUUUAAAAGAAUUUCUGAGAAACAAUCAAGAAAAGGAAGAUACAGUGUGUUUUGAUGUAGCUGAUCCACCUUGUAAGAGAAUCAGACUUGAACACACAGAAGGAGGUCCUGUUGAUCUGAACCACAAUGGAGCACUCCAGCAGAUUCCUUUGCUUGAUGAAGAAAACACUACGGUGGAGGACUCAGCUCUGAGGGUUUGCAAUGUGUGUUUGGGAAUUCUCCAGGAGUUCUGUGAGGCUGACUUUGUUAAAAAGGUGUGCCAAAAGGUUAAUUCUGCUGACUACCAGUUCACCAGUUUUGUGUUUUCUGUGUCCCUGCCCCCACAGCUCUCUGUCAGAGAGCGUGCUGCUUGGCUGCUGGUAAAACAGGCACUGGGAAAUCUGGGCCUUUCCUUGGCAAAGGAUGACAUUGUUCAGCUGAAAGAAGCUUAUAAGUGGAUUAUUCAUCCCCAGUUGUCUGAAGAGUUGGGUGUUCCUGCUGAUGGAAAGAGUUUGUUUGAAGUCAGCCUGGUCUUUGCUCACCCAGAAACAGACGAGGAGUGCCAUUUCCUAGCCACAGCCUGUCCAGACUGCUUCAAACCAGCCAAGAACAAACAGUCUGUUUUCACCAGAAUGGCAGUUAUAAAAGCCCUAGAGAAGAUAAAAGAAGAGGAUUUUCUCAAGCAUUUUCCAUGUCCUCCGAGUUCACCAAAGAACCUCUGUGUUGCUCUGGAAAUCCAGUGCAAUAAUGGUGCAGUUUUUGUGGCUGGAAGAUAUAACAAAUACUCUAGGAAUUUACCUCAAACUCCCUGGAUUAUUGAUGGGGAGAGGAAGCUGGAAUCUUCAGUGGAAGAACUGAUUUCGGAGCAUCUAAUGGCAGAAUUCAAGGCAGACAGCUUUAAUUUUUCUUCCUCUGGAAGAGAAGAUGUGGAUGUGAGAACACUAGGCAAUGGAAGGCCCUUUGCAAUUGAGCUUGUGAAUCCUCGUAGAAUACAUUUUACUGCUGAGGAAAUGAAGGGACUUCAGCAGACAAUUAAUAACUCUUCAGACAAAAUACAGGUUCGAGAUUUACAGCUUGUCACCAGAGAGGCAAUUGGUCGUAUGAAGGAAGGUGAAGAGGAAAAGACAAAGACCUACAGUGCCUUAAUAUGGACAGAUAAAGCCAUCCAGAAAGAAGAUAUUGCAUUUCUAGAUGAUAUCAAGGAACUAAAACUCGACCAGAAGACACCCCUCCGGGUUCUUCACAGAAGACCUUUAGCUGUAAGGUGUCGGAUCAUUCACACCAUGAAAUCCCAGUACAUAGAUGAGCAUCAUUUUCGCCUGCAGCUGAAGACUCAAGCAGGAACCUACAUUAAGGAAUUUGUGCACGGAGACUUUGGAAGGACAAAGCCCAAUAUUGGCUCCCUACUGAACAGAACUGCUGACAUUCUGGAGCUGGAUGUAGAGUCUGUUGAUGUGGACUGGCCGCCAACCUUGGAUAGUUAACUUGUCAAGUUGAAGAAGCAGCUCCUCUGGCAGCAGCUGGUUACUGAACACCCCAUGGUAUCACAGCGUGGUUGCAAACUAUUUCUGUAAAGCAUUUAGAUCACGUUGAUCUGCCCAAGAGUACUGUUACUCUGAAUUGACUUGAAGCAACUCUGGAACAGGCAGCAUUUGUUCAAUCUUAGCCAUCAUUUCUUUUCUUCUGUGCAUAAAGAGAUCUUGGUAAGGUAACAUGCUGGUAGUAUUUUUAGUAAAUAAGGGGGUAAGGUGUAAGUGAUGCACAGAGCAAAUACAUGAAACAAGGACCUUGGAGCACUGGAAGAAACAGCCCUCUCUCAAGCCAGAUCUUUAGUAACGUUUUUAUAGUGGAUGCUGCAGCUCUCUUGUAGCAUUGAGGUACCUGAAACCCAGUCCUAACUUUUUGUGAGCACUGCUCAGGAAAGACUUAUUUCCCGAAAGUGAGAGAGACUGUGAGAGCAGGACAGUGCCUGGAAAGCAGCUGUGCUUGCUCCCUGCAGACUGCCUUAUGGUCAGUGUCAGUUUUAGAAACAGGCACAUUUAGUUUCCCCGACAAAGUACUUUACAACGGGAAAACACGGUGUUCUGAGGAACACUUUGCACUUAAACCCAAGUUUUUCUUGUUUAAAAGCAUCAGCUAUGCUUCCUAGAAACAACAGUUGAGUUGAGCAGUUCUCUGGGGCCUCUUCAGGCUUAGGAUUUCCCCAGCUGAAUCACCAAAAGACUGGGAACUCCAGGCAGUGCUGCACAAUGGAAAUGAAAUGAAAAAUAGGAAUACCAAGAACCUGAAAGCGCAGGCAACUAUGAAAUUACCAAAGAAUGUUGGUAUUGAGUGAUACAAGAUGGUUUGUAGCAUAAUAACUUUUUUCUAGUGUCUAGCCUUGGCUGGAUGCCUGGAAGAGCUGAACAUUGCCUACAAACCAAACUGGAACAGGGGAGGACCUGAGUUUUUCCUCUUUGCUUGGGUGAUUUUAGGUGUUUCAUGCCAAGCACCACCUACAUUUUUGGCAAAAGCCACUGUUAUGCCUUUAUCAUGUUAAUCUGUAAGGAAGAUGCUUCUGCUUACCUGAAGUACAGGACAGAGUUAAACUAUCAACAAGAAAUUAAGGUUUGGAAUUGAAGAGCUCUUCAUUCAUUAAUGUUUCAGAAGAGGGUAAUAUCUGCCAAGACAAACCACUGACAGGGAAGAUCACUGAGAUGUAUUACCUUCAAUUUGGUGGUGCCAGGACCUCAGCAUGAUAACUUUAGCUGAAGGCACACAAAGACCCUGACACACAUAUUUCCAAGGUGCUCCUCAAAACUAAUCUCAAAAAAUUAGUCUAAAUAGGGGCUGUCAAAACUUGUCUCUCAGUUCGUUUUCCUAGUCCACCAUAACAUAAGUAUGGCAGUAGUUCAGAAGCUCCUGUUUUUCUACCACAAAAGUAACAGGACCAUGAUUCAGACAGCAAUAUUUUCUUUCGUUUUUCAUCUUGAAGUUCUUAUGAGCAAGAGAUUCCAGGAGCAGUUGUCUCAGAUAAUAAUCAGUACCCAGAAAGGAAGUGUCAUGAAUGGUGGAAAACUUAAGAAACUGAAUUCAGAAAACAAACAAAAGAGAAUUUCAGUCUCACAUCAAUAUGAUUUCUUGAAACUCAAAAGUAAGCUAAAUUAGGAUAAGUUCCAUAAACUACAGGGGGGAAAAAAAAGUAAACAAGACUGCACUGUGGCCAUGUGCAGGCCUGUUCCACAGGACAGCCAGAGCUAAGGCAGCAGGGGCAGAAAGAACUCCUGCUCCUGUAGUGCCAGGACUUGGGAGGCUCUCCCAGCACAGCUGAUUCUGCACAUCACACAUUAGCGUGACAACAGUGGAGAUCAUGUUAAGAAUCAAAGUGCAGAAAAACAAGGCUGUAAAGAUUACACCAAGUGCACCCAGCCUAUUCUCCAUACAAGGUAGAGAAGGCCAUCAACACUUCCUCAACUGCUUGUUUUUACAAUAAAUGUGAAGUAUCCAAAUGAGAGGGAGAAAAAAAGCUGAUGAUGCAAAUACCUCUACAGCUCUUCAGAUAGUUGUUGUUCAAAAAUGAUGUGGAAAUAUGAAAAUGAGAGAUGUAAUCUGGCUUUUUUAACUCUGUUUGAAGUCUGCAGUUUCUAACACAAAACAAACACUUUGAACUAUCAACUGUAAUGAAUAUUAAUGGUGUACUUCAGCCUUCAUGUUAUUUUUGAGAUUAAAAUACCUACUCAUGAGUACUCAAAUAGGAUGUUUGGUGAGAAUAAGAUUUCAUCUUGUUCAUUAGGCACAAGGGAGGGCAUUUUCUGGCAUGUUAAAAGCUAAAAAAUGAGGUCCAGGGUCCCUUAGCACCACCCUUCUUUGUACAGGAAGGGCUCAAAAACCUCGUUUCUCUGAACUGGUCACCCACAAAGCUGUUUUAGCAUCAGCUGACCUGAACCUGGAGAAAGCUGUACGAGUUGCACAGCUCUGAGUGUGAAAGCAUCUAUCCCCUCUGCCACAAAGAAAUUGCUGAAUGCAGCUGAACCCGGUCCCUGCACAUGCUACUUUGGGUUUCCUCCCAGCCAAAGGUAACUGCGAGCAGAAGAUAACUCUAAAGAGCCCCCAGGACAAGUAACCCAUAACCUACCUUCUCCCGUUUCUCUGGCUUUCCUGCGGUGAGGGCUGUGAUGAAUCUGGGAAGGUUGGGGAAGCUGUGUACUCAGUAUAACCAGUUUUUUUUAAUUACCAAACCGACUCGUUUACAAAGGAAAACAGAACUUUGAAAAUAUUUAAUUAUACAGUAAAAACAAAUUGUACUAUAAAGAGCUUUCUAUGAAGUGAGUAAAAUGUUUACAUUUACUAUACUUAAAAUUGAGAACUUCAAUAAAAGAACUGAAUA